AUGAUUCGCAUGGCUAUGUUCUGGUACAUGAUCAGCAAUUUCUUUUUCAAGAAACCACCCAAGGAUCCAGCCAUGAUUUCUCGGAACCUUUUUCGGAAAGGAGAGGAUUUGGAUAUGUGGGUGUACAUAACAGAGUCUGAAAAGUUCAGCAAUUUCCAAGACGAGUCGGCACUUGUAUGGACGGAGUCCGGAAUACCGUACACGAUGUAUGAUGCUCCUGCGGCUCGAAGGACCCUUGAGUUUACCUAUUAUCCUUCCAAGGCUGUGACGGAGGGCAAUGGGACUGUCUUCGCACAUGUGUUCUUUGCGAAGUCAGGAUACUCGCCAGACCCAACAGAUCAGCUCUAUGAGCGAUUCUCAACGUAUCCUCGAACGGCAAUUCCGGAGAUUUUCCACAAGCACAUGACGUUUGAUGAAAAUUCCGGCAACUACUUUCCCACGCUGCACAUGAACGAGUUCUGGCUGCUGCGGGACAAGCUCAUUCAGCUCAACAGCACCGUCUCCAAAGUCCCACUCUCCCUCGUGGUGGAGACGCUGCCGCUGUGGCGCUGGCAGAUCUACCUCUCCAUGGACCAGUCCUUCAAGCUGCAGCAGCAGUUCGGCACCGCCAUGGAGUCAGAAUCAGAUGAGCUCAAGAGGGUGUUCCUGGAGGGCAAUCCCAUUCUGCUGGGAAUCACGGUGGUGGUGUCCAUCCUGCACUCCGUCUUUGACUUCUUCGCCUUCAAAAACGACAUUGCGUUCUGGAACCAGAACAAGUCAAUGGAGGGUCUAUCAGCGCGGUCAGUGGUGAUCAACUUCGUGUGCCAGCUGAUCAUCUUCCUGUACCUGCUGGACAACAACACGUCGUGGCUCAUCCUCAUCUCCUCCGCCAUCUCCUGUGGGAUCGAGUUCUGGAAGAUCGGCAAGGCCAUGCACGUCGAGAUUGAUCGUUCGGGUAGCAUUCCCUGGGUGAGGUUCAGGGAUCGCGAGUCGUACGCGCGCAACAAGACGAAAGAAUAUGAUGCCAUCGCUAUGCGCUACUUCUCCUAUGCACUCUACCCGCUCGUUGCUGGUUACGCCGUGUACUCGCUCAUAUACGAGACGCACAAGAGCUGGUACUCCUGGGUUCUCAACUCGCUCACUGGCUGCGUCUACACCUUUGGCUUCAUCAUGAUGUGUCCGCAGCUGUUCAUCAAUUACAAGCUCAAGUCGGUGGCACACCUGCCGUGGAGGCAGAUGACGUACAAAUUCCUCAACACCAUCGUGGACGACCUCUUUGCCUUUGUCAUCAAGAUGCCCACGCUGCACCGACUCUCCGUCUUCAGAGAUGACAUCAUCUUCCUCAUCUUCCUGUACCAGCGUUGGAUCUACCCGGUCGACAAGAAGCGCGUCAACGAGUUUGGGUUCGGAGGGGAACCAGAGACAGCUGCCCUUGCUGGCUCUGCUGACGGUGCUGCGGAUGGUGCUGCUGAGCGUGCAGGAAGCAGCAGAACAGACAGGCUGACGGCUGCUGAGGCAGAAGUUGCAGCUGCUGCUGCUGCUGCUGGUGAGGGUAGUGAGGGGAGAGCAGGGGAUGACGAGGGUGCAGCAGCGGCUGCUGCUGUUCAGGGUGGUGUUAUAUUUUUGCAUGCUUUUACAAUCUAA